CGAAAGUAGAACUACGUGUUGUUUUGGCGUCCAAGAACGGCGCCGAUUUUUUACUUGGGAGCCAACCCAGAAGUCGAAUUCAAAAAAACCUCGCGAGGUUUCAGCGGAAAGAGGUGAGAUCGCUCCUCCUCAGCGAAAAUUCCAGAGAGAGAGAGAGAGAUGGCGACGGAGUCAUCAGAAUCGGAGGAAGAAGGGAAGAUCAGAGGAGGGAAUGAUAAGCUGAUCGUGGACGAAGAUCUGAGAGAGAUGGGGAAGAACGCUGCUUGGAGCGUCAGCUCUUGCAAGCCCGGCAAUGGCGUCUCCGCUCUCCGCGACGACAAUCUCGAGACCUACUGGCAAUCAGACGGUCUGCAGCCACAUCUGGUUAACAUCCAGUUCCAGAAAAAGGUGAAAUUGCAGUUAGUGGUUAUGUACAUUGAUUUCAAGCUCGACGAGAGCUACACACCGAGUAAGAUUUCGAUUCGAGCCGGAGAUGGGUUCCACAACUUGAAGGAGAUUAAGAAUAUAGAGCUUGUGAAGCCAACUGGUUGGGUUCACAUAUCCUUGUCUGGAGCCGAUCCACGGGAAACUUUCGUUAAUACAUUUAUGUUGCAAAUAGCUGUUUCGUCGAAUCACCUCAACGGAAGGGAUUCUCACAUCCGCCAGAUCAAAGUUUACGGCCCUAGACCGAAUCCUAUCCCGUGCCAGCCCUUUCAGUUCACUUCAAUGGAGUUCAUCACUUACUCAACUGUGAGAUGAGCAAUCACCGAUUGGACCGAGGAACAAUGCCUGGUCCAAGAUUCACAUCAAUCCGUCCUUCCAUUCCCAGACGAUGCAUUGCCGCUUCUAGACUUAUCUUUGCCAGUGUGCCUCUGCCAAAAAUCAGCCCAAGUUAUGUUCAGGAUUCUGAUUUAAGCGAAGAUUCACCUAACCUUACGAGCGAGGUUGUUUUUUAUUUAAAAAAAAAGGCUGAAAUUCAUGGACAAGAACAUUUUACUGCUUA